AUGAUCCCCAUCCGCCGCCCACUCCCAGCCCAACCACUCGUCUCCUUCCCGCUCGACCAACUCGCGAAACCCGCGCCGCUCCCGAUGAGGGAAGACGAACGACCCCGCUCGACGGCGCUCAAGGUCGUGCUGUUCUUGCCGCUCGUGUUCGUGUUUUGCUUGUUGGGAUUCGCCGCGUAUGCGUUCUUGUGGUCCCUGUGUAUCGAAUACCUCCUCCUCCACGCCCACCGACCCUUAGAAGCCCUCCUCUACGCAGCACCCUUCUCAUGGUUCCUCUUUGCCUGCGGCGGAUCGUUCUGGAUGGCCUACUGGCGCGGUGGAGGGAUCGUUCCCGGCGCGGGAUACUGGAAGAGGGGGGACGAGGAGGCGCGUGUUGGGCAUUCGAGCUUGAAAGGUGAGGUGAGGGGUUUUGUGGAGGAGAGAGCGGAGGAGGAGGAGGAGGGGUUGUUGGCUGCGGAAGAAGGGGGAGGGAGGAGGACGUUGCAGGUCAAGAGCGAUGGGUCGGUGAGGUUCUGCAGGAAGUGCAAUGUCCCGAAACCGGACCGCGCACACCAUUGCUCGUCCUGCCGCCGCUGCGUCCUCAAGAUGGACCACCACUGUCCGUGGCUCGGCGGAGGCUGCGUCGGCUGGGCAAACUACAAGUUCUUCCUCCUCGCGCUGUGGUACACCGGCAUCCUGGGUGUCUACUCCUCCGUCGUCCUCUUCCACGAACUAAUCGCCUUCGUAGGCGAAUACGACGAUGGCUUCGAGUUGGCGCCGAUCUCGUGGGCGCUUGCGGCGCUCCUGGGUGUGAUUUUUGGUGUUGCAGUCGGCUGCUUCGGGCUGUACCACCUCUACCUCGCCUGCAAGAACCGGACCACAAUCGAAGCGAUGGAACACCCGACCUCUCUCGCCAUCCUCACUCCCCCCUCCUCCUCCUCCCGCUCCCUCUCUCCAUCUCAACGCCGCCGCCUCGCGCGCGCCGCAAGGACCUACAACAUCUACGACCUAGGCUGGCGUGAGAACCUGCGACAGGUGUUCGCGGGGAGGGAGAGGUGGUGGGAGUGGGGCUGUCCUUGGGGUUGGCCGCCCGGAGACGGACAGAGCUUCCCGAUCAACGAGGAACACCUUGCCCAGCUCAGGCGGAUCACGGAGGAGGUUUAUGCUGAGGCGGCUGCGGGACGGCAGGAGGAGCGAGCGUACGAACUGGGGGGCGACGACGACUCGAGUGCGAGUGAUGAGGAUGGGCCGGUGCGGAGGGCAUGA